CAUUCGGUUCAAAUUAUCGCGCUUGUGCGGUUGUUCGGAGCGGAAGAGUUGAAAUGGCCGAGUCGUGAACUUGAAAUCCAUAUAGGCGUUUUAAAAUAUAAACAAACAAAUACGAAUGCGACAAAGUGCCGGUAGAAAUAUAAAUGUUUGAUCUCGGAAAUAUAAAUUAUUUUUAACCAGCACACGAAUUAACGAUCAACUAGCGAAUUGCGGUGUAAUAAGAAGCGAAGGAAAAUAAAUGGCGCGCGAUUUUACAUGUUAUUCGUCUUAAAGUGAGGAAAUUUUUAAGAAAAAGGAUUAAACAAAGCUUAAACUAAUAACCGUUAAAAUAAAACUAUUAAAAUUAAAUAGUUAGAAACCACAGCUAGUGUUUUUUGUUUAGCGAACAAGAAACAUACAAGUGCCAGUGAAGAAAUUUUUAAGUUAAACAUAUUUAAACUACUAGUGAUCGAAUAUAUAUCCGUACAACCCAUUGAAAUAAUCAACAAAAAGCUUAUAUAGAGAAAAUAUAAAAGUGAAUCUAAUUCGUAUAAAUUUGAUGUCUCAUAAGAAAAUGCCGCAAAAGUGGCAAUGUGAUUUGUUUGUGUAGCUGGAGAAGUGCAAUAAAUAACAGUACGAAGUAACAGUAAACAACGGAGGAAGCCAAGAUGACCCGCGAGGAAGAGGAAGAGGUGCGCUCCCUGCUCUCCCGUCACCAGGAGCGGAUUAUGCUAGACCUGGGGAGUACCGAUCUGUUGGCGGUUCUGGUCAAGAACUCGGUGCUCAGUCAAUCGGAAGAGGAUCUUCUAUUGAAACCCUACAACGCAGUUACGCCCACGCCCUCUGCCGCCGCCUCUGCCACAGUGGAGCCUCCCGGCAGUGCACCCUCGCUCACCAAAAGAAAACUGAGUGCCGUCGCCAGUAGUGGGAGUACGGCCAGUGGGGGGAGUGCCGGCAGCGGGGGCAGUGGAUCCUCCAGGUGCGCCAGUGUAAACGGCGACGCCAACUGCGAUAGUCGCUCACUAACGCCCUCUGGCGGGGGCCCAUGCUCGGGGCUAAACGACGCCGAAAUCCUGCGAGUCCAGUGCUCCAAUCUCAUCGAAAUCAUUGCCAAGAAUGGAUUCGAGAAGUUCAAGCAGUUCUGCUACGCCAUCGAGUGCGAGUGCCCUCAGCUCAUCGAGGAUCUAAUUAACGAUCGUCUCAAGACCGAUGCCGCCAAUUUGGAUGACAGUCGGGAGGGGGAAAAAAUGCAAAAGGAAAUCGAAACGAUCGAUUACAUUGACAAGGAAAAGGAAAACGAUCGCAACCGUCGGGCUGUUAGUUAUGGCGGUGACGUCACCUCCUCCCCCCAUUCGGCGACCAUACCCCGCGCCGCCCCCCGUCGAGUGGCCUUGAUGAAGGAUCCACCCCCACCGCCGCCACCCAAGCCGCAAUUGGGCAGCAAAGCGGAUUCCAUAUCGCAAUUGGCCAGCAAAUAUCCCCAAUCCGAGUACAAUCUCAUACAGAAAAUCGACUCGAACAGUACGCUCACUGCUCCGGCGCAAUAUCAACCGCAGAAUUUCUACGCGAAUACUGGAACCAUAUCCUCCACGAAUGGCUAUGGUUCGCUAUUGUGUCACGCCAGUUCGACGACCAGUCCGCUGGCGGUCCGGAAGCGGGACAAGCUGCUCCAUCGCUUUAGUGAUGCCGCUACCUUGGGCCGGAAGCUCAAGAAGAAGAAGAACACGAAUCGCACCUGCCGAUCCAUGACGGAGGCUAUUGAGAUGCUCGCCGAUCCCGUCAUCGAGGAUGAAUUCUUUGGUGAUCGAACCACUUGGGAGUACCACACGGUGGCAGUGACUCGGGUGCCGGGUUAUGGAUUCGGCAUCGCCGUUUCCGGUGGACGUGAUAAUCCGCACUUCGCCAACGGCGAUCCCUCGAUAGCAGUUAGCGAUGUGCUGAAAGGUGGCCCCGCCGAGGAUCGAUUGCAAGUCAACGAUCGGAUAAUCUCGGUGAACGGCGUCUCCCUGGAGAACGUGGAGUACGCCACCGCGGUGCAGGUGUUGCGCGACAGUGGCAACACGGUCCAAUUGGUGGUCAAGCGUCGCGUGCCCCUCAAUCCCAUUAAUGCUGCAGGUGCAGUGCAGCAUCAGCACUCGCACAGUCUCAGUUCGGUUGGUCUAAUGGCCAACGGAAGUGGAGGAGUUGCACCCACCCCCCUGACGAGUCUGAGUCAACCCAACUCCCUGAACUCCUCCCUGGUGCAGAAUGCCAGCAGUGGUCAGCCCAUCAAGGUGACCCUAACGAAGGGCGGAAAGAAAGAUGACUAUGGUGUGGUGCUCGGCUGCCGGCUGUUUGUUAAGGAGAUUUCCUCCAAGGCUCGCGAGCAACUAAAUGCCAAUGGUUACAGCUUGCAAGAGGGUGACAUCAUCACCCGCAUCCACAACACCAAUUGCGGGGACACGAUGAGUCUCAAGGAGGCGAAGAAGAUCAUCGAUGGCUGCAAGGAGCGCUUGAAUCUGGUGGUUCUACGGGACAUCACCAAUCAAGCAGCUGUUAGCCAACUGAAUCUGAACAACUCAGCCAGCCACCAGGCGUCGGCGAAUAUAUACGCCACUCAUCAGCCUCAGGUAUCCGGAUGCAGCGGCAGCAACAACAAUCUCGAAGAUCCAUAUCUGCCGGGCGGAGCCAGUUACUCCUCGCAGAAUCUGUACGUGCAGCCACCCACACGCACCUCCAAUGGUCCCAAUCUCAAUGGCAAUGGGCUGAACGACGAAAAGAGCAAUCUCACACCGCGAGGUCGCUCCCGGGGACCCAUCAUGGAUGGGGUAUCUCUGCAGCAGCUGGACAGACCCGUAACACCAACGCGUGGCAGGAGUGCAGCCAUCGACGAGCCGCCACGCCCGCCACCACCUAGAGGAUCCAGCGGUGGAGCAGCUCAAGAGGAUUUCUACAGCUCUCGCAGGCAAUUGUACGAGGAGCGCCAGAGUGCCGAGCCGAGAUUCAUUUCCUUCCAGAAGGAGGGAAGCGUGGGCAUCCGCUUAACCGGCGGCAAUGAAGCCGGUAUUUUUGUGACUGCCGUACAACCGGGAUCUCCAGCCUCGCUGCAGGGUUUAAUGCCCGGCGAUAAGAUCCUCAAGGUCAACGACAUGGACAUGAACGGAGUGACGCGAGAGGAGGCUGUGCUCUUUCUGUUGAGCCUGCAGGAUCGCAUCGAUUUGAUUGUGCAGUACUGCAAGGAGGAGUACGACGAGGUGGUGACCAACCAACGUGGCGACUCCUUCCACAUCAAGACACAUUUUCACUGCGAUAAUCCUUCCAAAGGCGAGAUGGCCUUCAAGGCGGGCGAUGUGUUCCGGGUGAUCGACACCCUGCACAAUGGCGUUGUCGGCUCCUGGCAAGUGCUGAAGAUCGGACGCGGUCACCAGGAGAUGCAGCGCGGCGUUAUACCGAACAAGUCGCGGGCCGAAGAGCUGGCCACUGCCCAGUUCAAUGCCACUAAGAAGGAGAUGAAUGCCAACGAAUCGAGAGGCAACUUCUUCCGGCGACGACGCUCGACGCACCGACGCUCGAAGAGUCUGUCCCGCGAAAACUGGGACGAUGUGGUCUUCUCCGACAGCAUUUCCAAAUUCCCCGCCUACGAGCGUGUCGUUCUCCGCCAUCCAGGCUUCGUGCGACCCGUAGUGCUGUUCGGACCCGUAUCCGAUCUGGCCCGCGAGCGUUUGGCCAAGGAUUUCCCCGACAAGUUUUCGACUCCACUGCAGGAUGACGACAAGUCGGCUGCAACUAGUGGAAAGUGCCGCAUCGUCAGGCUCUCGAAUAUACGCGAUGUGAUGGAUCGUGGCAAGCACGCCCUGCUGGAUAUAACGCCAAAUGCCGUGGAUCGUCUCAACUACGCCCAGUUCUAUCCGGUAGUGAUCUUCCUGAAGACAGACAGCAAGCACGUGAUCAAGCAGCUGCGCCACGGACUACCCAAGGCGGCCCACAAGAGCUCCAAGAAGCUCCUGGAGCAGUGCCAGAAACUGGAGCGCGUCUGGUCGCACAUCUUCAGCACCCAGAUCGCGUUGAGCGACGAGGAGUCCUGGUACCGAAAGUUGCGCGAUUCGAUCGAUCUGCAGCAGAGCGGCGCCGUGUGGAUGUCCGAGUCCAAGCCAGUAGAAUCCCUCUCCGACGAUUUCCUAUUCCCCAUGACCACAUCCCGACUCUCGUAUGCAUCAAGUCCCGAAUCCGAUUUGGAACUGAGUCCCGGCCCAUCCGCAUCAUUGUCGCUUGGCAAUUUGCCGCAGUUGGUUAAAGCGAGCUCAGAUCCAUCGAUUGCCACUAAUCAGGAUAACUUGGAUAGGGAUAGAGACAUAAUUGGUGAAGGACUACCACCUCCAUAUACGGUACCCUACGACCAUGGUGUCCCCGCGAAUCCCAAUCGCCGCCAGACCAUGGACUCCAGCAAGUACAGCAUCUACGGUACCAACGUGCCCCCGCAGCCGCAACAGCCCGGCGUAGGAGGAGAUCCGGCUGCAGUGAGGCCGCAAUCCCUGUACGGGAUUAAUGCGCCCGAUCUGCCGCCCCGCAUCGAUCGUCAGUCGAAGCCGGGGGAUAUACCGCUGAACACCUCGGGCUCGUCAUCGCGAAAUGGCACCCUGGGUCGCAGUGCCCAGGAGCGUCUGUUCGGCAAGGCUGUGGUGCAGGACGAUGUCCAGGCGGAGUACAUAACCCGCAAUGCUCUGGUCGGCUCCGGGGCAGCUGAAACCCUGGAUCGCCAGCAGCAGCAGCAGCAAACCCACGCAUCCUUGGAGCGCCAGGCUCGUUUGAAUGCGCAGCUGAAGGCCAACGGAGGAGGCGCCGGAGGUGCAUCGACCUACGACAGUGUUUCCAGCUACGACUCGUACAACAAUACACAAAUGGCCAUGCAAAACCUUGGCCGACUGGGUCCCAAUGCACCCGACGAUCUCAAAUCAGUGCCAAAUGCAAGUGGACGCCCCUUGCCGCCGACGGGUCAGUCGCACGACUACGGCCGCACUCCGCACGACCAUCGCAGCUUCGGAGGACCCAACGAUCUGAACCGACAGAGCAGUCCGGGCAGACCGCACUACCACGACAUGAAUGCGUCCCGUAAUAUCGAUCCACGCAAUGGCACUCCACAGCGUCCUUCGAAUCUGGGCCUCGAAAGCAGCCCACGCAAGCCUUUGGUGGAGACGAAAACGGAUUACGGCAAAUACAGUCGGAACAACUCCGUCUCACAAGCGGAUUACACAAAGCUGCCGAAGACAGCGCCACAUGGAGUGGUUCCUCCGCCGAAUGUGAGCAACGGCCAAAGCCAGAUGAAUGGCAGUGGAACGCCCAGCAGCAAUGGCAGUGGACCCUUCAAGCCGGUGCCGCCACCCAAGCCCAAAAACUAUAGGCCACCGGUGCAAAGUGGUGGCAGCAGUGGCAGCGGUGGCACCACUCCUUGGGAGAAUGGGGACUCUGGCUCGCCACGUUCUCCAAAUGGCUUCUAUUAUCCACCAACGCCUUCGCAUCAUCACUACGGCCAGCAGGCGACUCCCGGUUCACCCAGCAAUGGCCACAUGCAGGCACCGCCGCCGCAGCAGCAGCAGCCCACCUACGGCGGAAGUAAUGGCACCUAUGGACAGGCGCCACCACCUCAACCCUAUCCGCAGGCCAAUGGCUACAAUGGGAAUGGCCAUCACUACAACGGAGGCAGCGGCACAGGACCCUAUAUAGCACCACAUCGCGGCAUGCCACCGCCAAUAGGAAACCUACCGCCCCACACGCCCGAACGUCAUGCCCUGGACUUGGCCGGAAGUCGGGAGCAGCGUGGUUCGGCCUUCGAACUGUAUCGUAAACCGCAAAUCGGAGCAACCGCCGGGCACCAUCACAACAUGAGCGAAAUGGAGCCGUACGAUGAGCGAUACGAUGAUUACUAUAACAUGCCACCCCCUGCCGCCCACCCAUCCCAAGGGCACCAUAUGCAGCGAUCCCGCUCUGCUCCUCGUUAUCCCCACGAGCGACCUCCGCACACCCAAGAUCCCAAUUACUACGGCCACUAUGGAACGUCUAGGGGACAUAGUCAGCCGCGCCAGCAAUAUCCCCAGCAUCCCCAGCAUCACCAGCAGCAGUAUUACGAUGAACAUGGCAUGGAGAUGGGUCCACCGCCACUGCCACCACAUAAGAAGAAGAAAUCGGUGUUAAAGAGCCCACUGGUGGCUCUAAAGAAUGCGCUGCUUAAGAGUACGCGGCCCCUGAGGAGGAUGAACAGCAUGGUGGAACCGGAGAGGAAACCGAAGGGACUUAGACGCCAGCAGUCGAUGCUGGAGAGGGGUGUGCAAAGACCCUACUAUCCGGAUGAGUAUCCAACCUAUCCAGCUGGCUUUGAGGAGCGUGCCCAUGGCGGGCAAGGCAUGAUGCAACCUCACCCGCAAGAGGCUUACUAUCAAAGGGGUGGUCACUACACGUCGCAGCAGCAGGAGAUGAUGAACAGCACCUACCAGAAUCUGGAGGGUGAGGAUAUCUAUGGGAAUAUCGGCAACACAGUGCCUAGAAUGCCACAUAACCAGGACAAUGGUUACGGCUAUGACCAAUAUGAUCUCUAUGCGAAUCGAGCGUGCAUCGAUCUCGAACGAAGACAAGCAGAGGCUGCUGCAGCUUCUGGCGGAAGAAAUGGAAGGAGAAUUGUGAGGCGGCACAGCACCACCACUGCGGAUCGAGGAGGAAAUCCGGGACCGCCCAGGCGGCCCAUGAUCAGUCCUGGUUAUGAGCAGGAUCCGCAAGAGAUCUACCAGACCCGCAACGGAGCCUACAUGCUGCCCGAUCAGCGAAGGGCGCCCAGUUCCGAGGUGAUGACCCGUAGGAGAUUCUAUCCGGGCGCUGCCAAUGAGCAAACUGAGGAGGAGCCCCUCUACCAGUCCCGUCGCGAAAUGCAGCGUGAAAUGCAGAGGAAUCAUCUGUACCAAUCAAAACGCGAAAUGCAGGAGAGGAUUAGCCAGGGCAAGAGGGAUAUGGAGCGAGAGUUUAGUCCCCAGAGCAGCAGCAGCCAGUCGGAGGCCUCCAACCCGGAGGCCAUAUACCAGAGUCGCCGGGAGGCCAAGGAAAGUGCUCUGAAAACGCGGGCACAACUGAGGGAUCAGAUCUAUCAGACUAGACGGGAAGCCCUGGACAGCAUGGCGGAACCGAUCUAUGUGUCCAAAAGGGAUAUGGGCCGACCGGCUCCUAUCUAUGAGACCCGGGAAGAGAGCAUCCUGCAGUCGCGAGAAAAUGAAACCGAUGAAAAGAAGGAAAAGGAGUGCAAAACCGAGCAGAUUCAGGUGGAGAUUAACGCUCAACCGGAAGAACAGGUGGAAGACUCGACCUUGAGUCGUUCGGACUUGCAGAAAUCUUCGGACACGGUGAUAGAAAAUCCAGCGAGAGCUCCCCUUGUGCAGAAUGAGGUAGAUGAUGACGACCAAGAGGAGGAGGUUCAGGAUCAGAAUGAUCCCGCUGAGAGCUCUGUGGAUCAGACAGAGCUUCCAACGGCCAUUGAAAAUAAUCUACACAACGAGGGAAUGGUGGAACAAGCACAGAAUGAGUCGGAUGACGUAUUCGAAGCAGCCGAUAAGGUUUCUCCCUUGGCUCCUCCUCCAGGUCCUGUUCAACCGCCAACCCCGCGAUCCGGUCGAGCUCCCUUCCACAUUUCAAAUAUCCUAAAGCGAACGGCACCUCCUCCGAGUUCCCCAAUGGGCGAUAGCUGCACCUCCAUCGAAACCCAGUACACAUCUCAAGCCAGCUUGCCAGUGGGCCCACCAAAUGCCACCAGUACGCCGUUUAGUAGCAGCAUGUCACUGCCCAUCGCCGGACCCGUAAAUAACCAACCUCCGGCCAACGGACCCUUCCCCACUCUGCCCCGUGAGCCCAGCACCUCACGCGGAUUCUUUGACUCCAAUGGCGGCACUCUGGCGGAUAAGCUGUGGCACGUCUCACUACAAAUCCCACCGGGUGCCAUUCCGGCCGGAGUACGACAAGAGAUCUACUUCACAGUGAGCGAUCCGCGAAUGGGACAAGCCGUCGGCGGUCCUCCGCUGGACAUGGAAAAUGGUGAGACAAUGCUGUCACCGCUGGUGAUGUGCGGGCCGCAGGGCCUUGAGUUCCUGGUACCGGUUACACUCAAUAUACCGCACUGCGCCGGACGAACUGCAUCACUGGGACUGGCCCUCAAGGCGACCGAUAGCGAGAAGAACCUGCACACCGAGUGGGACAACAUCGACCUGCCCAGCAAUGCCGCCGCCCACACGGUCUCCGUCAAGGUGGAUCACUUCUAAUCAUUAAGAUUCAUAGCACUACUCCUACCAUUCACCAGCCAACUUGAACGAUAUGCGAAAUUGUAAAUAGAUCCGUACUAUCCGUACUAUCAUAUAUGUAACCUUAGGGCCGCAGUUCCAGGGCAAACGAAAUGAGCUCAGCAAAGAGGUAUAUAUAGGCAUUGCUUAUAUAAUAUUAUUAAUUUAAUUCGAUAUUGUCUGUUAAUUGUGCCUUUAAGUGAUCGUUUGGCUCUGCCUCUGAACUAUUAUAUCGAGCUAGAAAUUAAUCAAUCGAAUGCAAUGGAUACUUGUAUAAAGCGACUAGAAUUUAAUUUCAUACACAAAUUAUUUUGUAUAUUUUAAAUCAUCCAAUUCUUAUGUAUUUUAAAUGUAUUCAUAUCUUUAACGCAUUUUAAAUGAUAUAUUUGACAUUUUAUUAGAUAUUCGCAUACUGCUUCGACCCAUGAUCAAUUUUAAUGCAUUCAAUUGUUAAAUGCGUGCAAAUAUUGCAUGCUAAAGUUAAACAUAUACCAUUUAUAAAUCGUAGCGAUAUUCUUAGAGCCAAUACACACGCCUGUAUAACCAGAAGAAAUACUUUACAAAUAUUUAUACGCAUUUUUGAAUUAAAGAUUAUACACACGUGGAAAGUUUGGGAAUAAAUAAAAGAGCAACAAUAAUAA